GGCUUGGAGGAGGAUAAAGCUGAGUUUGGGCUGGAAACUAAAAGACUAGCUUGUUUUUUGGUACAACUUGCCCUGUUCCUCUUCACUUCCUUUAGUUUCGCUCCAUGGACAGAUCAACAAACCUGGACAUUGAGGAGCUCAAGAUGACACGAGAACAAUACCUACUAGCAACACAACAGAAUAACCUGCCAAGGGCUGAGAAUGCACAACUCUACCCAGUGGGAAUUUAUGGAUGGCGAAAGAGGUGCUUAUACUUCUUUGUCCUUCUGCUGUUGGUUACCAUGAUAGUUAACUUAGCCAUGACAAUUUGGAUAUUGAAAGUGAUGAACUUCACCGUGGAUGGUAUGGGAAAUCUGAGAGUCACCAAGAAGGGAAUCCGACUUGAAGGUAUAUCUGAGUUUCUACUUCCAUUGUAUGUGAAAGAAAUUCAUUCCCGAAAGGAUAGUCCACUGGUCUUACAGUCUGACAGGAAUGUAACAGUGAAUGCAAGAAAUCACAUGGGGCAGUUAACUGGACAGCUGACAGUAGGAGCUGAUGCUGUGGAAGCUCAGUGUAAAAGAUUUGAAGUGAGAGCAAGUGAAGAUGGCAGGGUGCUGUUUUCUGCAGAUGAAGAUGAGAUUACCAUUGGGGCUGAAAAGCUGAAAGUUACAGGCACUGAAGGAGCAGUAUUCGGGCACUCUGUUGAGACACCUCACAUCAGAGCAGAACCCUCCCAAGACCUCAGACUUGAAUCACCAACCAGGUCCUUGAUAAUGGAAGCUCCCCGUGGGGUCCAGGUCAGUGCUGUGGCUGGAGACUUCAAGGCCGCCUGCAGGAAGGAGCUCCAUUUGCAGUCCACAGAGGGGGAGAUAUUUUUGAAUGCGGAUACAAUCCGGCUGGGAAACCUACCGACGGGCUCUUUUUCCUCUUCUUCACCCAGCUCCUCCCACUCUCGGCAGACAGUGUAUGAACUGUGUGUCUGCCCCAACGGCAAACUGUACCUGUCUCCAGCCGGGGUCGGGUCCACUUGUCAGUCCAGUAGCAAUGUCUGCUUGUGGAGCUGAAGUGACUGAUUUCUCCUCACACCAGAAUAGCCUUUUGUUCCUGUCCGUCCGCUUCACAGUUCUGCUCCGUUUCC